AUGUCCCGUCCAAAAAUCUCCCUUAUUGUUGCUGCUCUCCAGCCUUCUAUGGGCAUUGGUGCUAAAGGAAAGCUUCCAUGGCGCCUUAAACAAGAAAUGAAGUAUUUCAAGGACGUUACCACCAAGGCUAAAGAGGGAUACGUGAACGCGGUCAUUAUGGGCAGAAAGACGUGGGAUUCGAUCCCCCAGAAGUUCAGACCUCUUCCUGGAAGAAUCAAUGUCAUUUUGUCACGUUCCAAUUCCAACGUGACCGACUCCGAUGGCGUUUUCCACUUCAAUUCCAUCGACAGCGUGAUGCUGCAUUUCGAGAAGGAAGCCUACCGCGUCGGGGAGAAACAAUUGGAUAAGAUAUUUAUCAUUGGCGGGUCACAGGUUUACAAUUCUGCGAUUUUGGACCAUAGGGUGGACAACUUGCUCGUGACUCAUAUAAACUAUAUUGGAGAAGAGGCGGAAAGACCCGACAUGGACACUUUCUUGGACUGGGAUCUCACAAAGUGGGCACAGCUGGACCACGCCGCUCUUCGUGAUUUUGUUGAUAUUGACGUUCCUUCGGGUCCCCUCGAGGAAGGCUCCUACAGCUACACGUACACGAUGUGGGAGAAACGUUAA